AUGUUGAACACUUGCGCGCGCAUGCCGCUCACGUGCUCGCUGCCCCCGUCAUCGUACUCGAGCACCGAGCCGGGGAUUCAUCGCCGCGAGCACCACGCCCAUGAGCAUGCCCUCGCCUUUACCGUCGCGUCGCGGAUCAGGCCGUCGGAGCCGAUCAUCUCCGGCGCGCCCGCGGAUCCGAACGCCUUGGCGGUGCUGGGGUCCAUCUGGUGGAUCGCGAAGGCGGGCCGGUCCGUGACGUGGCAGAAGGAUGCGGAGGAUGCUGACCUCGGUCCGUUAUCUGUCGGCAACGCCGGCCCGGCCCCGAUGGUCCCGGUGUUCGCCGCCGCGGUCGCUGUUGGAGAUCAGCACGAUGAAGCAGUCGCACGGCCCUCGAGCGUCCUGGACUCCUCGUUCUCGCAUAGGACGACGAUGGCCAUUGUGACCUUGGCGGCGAGGCUGGCGGCGGUGUUCCGGCCGGAUCUGGUGUCGCGCUUGACGACGCGCUGA